AUGGCUUCCCGUGCCUCGAAAUCCGGUCCUGAGGACCUCCACGGAGCCGCCACCCCAGCGACAGAGAGGACCUCGCACGAUGAUCACUCCAACGACACUCCUCCCAAGCUGGACGACCCGGAGCCGAAGACAUCCAAGUCAAAGACCAUACUCGUCAUGGUAUCGGUCUUCCUCAGCAUGUUCCUUGUCGGACUUGACCGGACCAUCAUCUCCACUGCCAUACCCCAGAUCACCGACGACUUCAACUCUCUGACCGACGUCGGCUGGUACGGAAGCGCAUACCUCCUGACGUGCUGUGCCCUGCAGCUGUUGUUCGGGCGGAUCUACACCUUCUUCUCAAUCAAGGGGACCCUCCUCAGCAGCGUCCUCCUCUUCGAGGCUGCCUCUGCGCUCUGCGGAGCAGCUCCCAAUUCCGUGGCGUUCAUAAUCGGAAGGGCCAUCUCUGGAGUCGGUGCCGCUGGCAUAUUUGCCGGAACUAUCGUCUGCGUCGUCUACGUGAUUCCUCUGCACCGCCGCCCGCAGAUGCAGGGAAUGAUGGGCGCCCUCAUGGGCGUGGCUUCCAUCGCUGGCCCACUCAUAGGGGGCGGCUUCACGUCCAACGUGACCUGGCGGUGGUGCUUCUACCUCAACCUGCCCAUCGGUGCCGCCGCGAUGGUCGUCAUCUAUCUCUUCCUCGACAUACCUGACCGAGAGGAGACCAAACUCCCCUUGGCAAAGAAGCUGAAGCAGCUGGACGCCCCUGGGACAGCGGUGCUGGUCCCUGGUGUGGUGUGUCUACUGCUGGCACUACAGUGGGGCGGCCAGACAUACUCGUGGGGCAACGGGCGUAUCAUAGCAUUGCUCACUCUCGCAGGAGUGUUGCUCAUUUCCUUUGCCGCAGCCCAGGUCUUCCUCCCCGGAACAGCGACGCUCCCUCCGCGCAUAUUCAAGCAACGCAGCAUCGUUUCCGGAUUCUGGGCGAAUGUCUGCGUCAACUGUGGAAAUUACGUCUUCAUCUACUUCAUCCCGAUCUGGUUCCAGUCCAUCAAGGGAUCAUCGGCCGCCCAAUCCGGCAUCCAAACCCUGCCUCUAAUGUUGUCGAUGGUGGUCGGCUCAAUCUCCGGAGGAAUCAUCAACGGCAAGAUCGGCUACUACACGCCACUCGCCAUCAUAGGCACCUGCAUCAUGUGCGCCGGGGCCGGACUCCUGACAACAUUCCAGGUCGACACGAGCGCCGGCAAGUGGAUCGGCUACCAGAUCCUAUACGGCCUUGGCCUGGGUUUGUGUUUUCAGGUACCGAAUCUCGCCGCGCAGACCUGCCUGCCCAAGAAGGACGUGCCGACGGGUCUGGCGUUGAUGCUGUUCGGCUCGCUGAUCGGGGCGUCGGUGUUCGUCGCCGUCGGGGAGAACGUGCUGAGCAACCAGCUCGUGCGGAGGCUCUCAGGUCUUCCCGGUUUUGACCCGAGUCUGGUCACCUCGGGAGGUGCCACGUCGCUCCUUGAUUCAUUGCCUGAAAACCUGCGUGAAACGGCUCUGGUGGCUUACAACGAAGCACUGCGGACUGUUUUCAUCGUCGGCUUGAUUCCGUCGUGUCUUACCGCUCUCGGGACAUUUUCGCUGGAGUGGAAGACCGUCAAGAAGAACAAGGUGGCCAAGGCCGCGGCUGAGGAUCCUGGUGCAGCCGAGGAGAAGAAGCUCGGGGAGGAGAAGAAGUAA